CUGCGGUUGACGUGACGGCAGCGCGACGCUUUUCGGACGCCAGUUCCAUCUCAUUUGCUGUCUUCCCUUCUGGACCGGAUUUGCAGCGCGAAGGAAACCUUUUGAGUGUGCAACUUCUCGAACCCGCUGCUUCAACUCACGCGUUCCUUGUGCCAAUGCAGUGAGCAUCUCGAAAAGGAGCGAAAAACAGUGAACGGUUUUCACGGGAAGUCGCUGGCUGUGUUGAACGCGCGGGGCUGCCGUGCCUUGGAUGUCAUCGCGUCCUUUCGUUUCUUCAGAUUUUUUUCAUUUGUGCCUGUGUUUUCGGGCGCGCGGCAUGCCUGCAACCUGCGAACUCCGCGGUCUCAAAAUAUCCGCAACUUCUUCCGCACGUCCUUCGCCGUUUUCUGACCCUGUCGAUUUCUGUGAGUUUGUGUGACUCUCGCUCUCGGAUCCAGUCGAAUCCUGCUGUGGUUUAUCUGGCGUCGUUCUUUUUCUCCCCAGUCUCGAUUCUCGUCCCGACUGCUCCUUUCUCCUGCUCCGAACGCCGUUUCUUUUCUCCUCCUCCCCCUCUCUCGUCUCCUCUCAGGCUCUCUUCUCUUCCUCAUAUAUUUCCCCUUUCCUAACUCCCUGUUGUUUCUUUGUGUCAACAAGCUCCAGGAGACGACUGUCACUCCGGUCCGCUGCCCUGUCUACCUGCGCCCAAGCUAACGCCUCGCUCUAGAUGUCUCACUCUGCCGUCGUUUUGUCUCGCUCUUGCCGUCCGUGCACCUCUGCCCACAAGGAAAAGCUCCACAUCUCAAUUGGUAAUGCAAUGAUGCAACUUUAGAUUCGUGCGAGCGCUCAUCUCGUUCUCGAGAAGUCCUACACGAACCGGGGACCGCAGGUUCGGGUCGAGUCGCAAAAGAAACCUGCUGCACUCUGGGCCUCUCGCGACACCCGCUCGCAGUUUAUUCACGGCGUCAACGGGGUAAUUUCUACUCCGCAUCCUUUCGCCCUCUACCUUUUCUGUGCCUCUCUUCUUCGCUGGCUUCCACCGGCCUGCGAGGUCUCUCUCCACUGCGGCUGUCGCGUUUUGAGAGUUUUUUUGCCUCAAUGGAGAAAAACCAGUCACGAGAGAAACGGCGUCGAGGAAGCUCGCUGGCCGCGGCAGAGGAUGCCUCGCCUGAGCAUUGUCCGCAUGCACUGGGGAACGCAUCGUCGCCUUCUCUCAUGCUCACCGACUGGUACCAGCUGUCGAUGCUCUACGCGAACUGGCGGGUCGGCAAACACAACCAGCAUGCAGUUUUUGAGGGAUUUUUCAGGAAGGCGCCAUUCCAAGGGGAAUUCGCCGUCAUGGCUGGCGUCAAGCAAGUCGUAGAAUUCAUUUCCAACAUGCGAUUCUCUGAGGAGAACGUCGAGUUCUUCAGAACUCAGUUCCCGCAUGCAAGCGAGGAGUUUUUCAACUACCUCCGCUCGGUGGACUGCUCCGACCUUUGCAUUCACGCGAUUCCCGAGGGAACAAUCGUUUUUCCGAAGGUUCCACUCAUCCGCAUCGAAGGACCGCUUGCCAUUUGCCAGCUGGUUGAAACGCCCGUUUUGAACAUCCUCAACUUUGCGAUUCUCGUUGCGACUAACGCAGCUCGGCAUCGCUUGGCGGCAGGCUGGGACAAAGAACUCCUCGAAUUCGGCGCGAGACGCGCUCAAGGUCCUGACGGGGCUCUCAGUGCAAGCCGGUACUCUUACUUGGGAGGCUUCGACGGCACCAGCAACACACUGGCUGCCUACCUCUUCGACAUUCCACUGCGGGGGACGAUGGCUCACUCCUUCGUGACUUCGUUCUCUUCUUUUGACCAGCUGAAACCUGAACUCGUUGUGCCGCCUGCAGCGCCAACUGAUGCUGCUUUGCAACCUGAGAAGGGAGUAGUCAAUGGACCCCGCUCGACUCCCGUCCUGCGAGGAAAGGACAUCAUCGAAAGGGUGCUCAAGUAUCGACAGAAAGUGAUUGAUUUGUGGCCGAGCGAAAACCUCGAUUCGAUGAUGAACAUGGGUGAACUGGCUGCAUUCACCGCGUUCGCGCAAACGUUCCCCAAUGCCUUCCUCGCUCUCGUUGACACUUACGAUACGCUCUGCUCUGGUGUUCCGAACGCUCUUGUGGUAAGCGCCGCUCUCCUGGAGUGCGGCUACCAUCCGAGAGGCAUUCGUCUGGACUCCGGUGACCUCGCCUAUCUCUCCAGAGAAGUCCGCAAAUUGUUCCACGAGGCAGCAGCCGCUUUUGAAAUGCCCGACCUCGGUCGGCUGAAGAUUGCAGCUUCCAACGACCUCAACGAAGUCGUCAUCUCUUCGGUUCGUGACGAGGGUCAUGAAAUCGACAUCUUCGCCAUCGGGACGAACUUGGUGACCUGUCAGGCUCAGCCGGCGCUCGGGAUGGUGUACAAACUCGUCGAGCUCGAUGGAGCUGCAUGCAUGAAAGUCUCGCAAGUCUUCGAGAAGGCUUCGCUUCCGUGCAAGAAGGAAGCGUAUCGUCUCUUCACGAAGGACGGUGCGCCUGCGGUCGACCUGCUCCAGGAAGCGAAGGAUCCCCCUCCCGUUGAAGGCAAGCGAAUCUUCUGUCGACAUCUGUACGAUGACCGCAAGCGGUGCUUCCUCGUCCCCUCCAAGGUCCAGCGACUUCUCCAGCCUUACAUCUCCCAUGGCAAACUCGUCGUGGAGCCUCUGUCUCUCGAAGAAGCGCGCAUGCAGUGCAUCACUGGCCUUCGCUCGCUGCGGAAAGAUCUGACAAGGCUCGUCAACCCCACACCUUUCAAGGUGUCUGCGAGCGAGGAGUACUUUACUUGUUUCCAUCGCAUGUGGCAAGACACCGCACCUGUUCGGACUUACGCGUAGGCAACCGCGCGAGGAGACGCGCGAAAAGUCGAUGUUCUUUUCGAGUUAAACACCCGGUGUUCUUCAAUGCCGAGUGGCGCUUCGGAGGUUGGCCCCCGAAGGCAGAUUGACGGAUGAAGCUGCGAAACAGACACUGUUUUUGCUGGCGACGAUGCAUGCGUCCCCGCUGACCAACUCUUGAUGGAGGGAGGGUCGUUGGGCUUAGCAAGAGGGCCAUCCAGUGGCUUUUUUCAUGGAGUCUCUCUCCCUGCGUGCUCGAAGAAGGAACGGGAGAAGUAGGGAGCAGCGUCGAACAGCAGUCUGGUCGCCGUCUAGUCGAAUUGUGAAUGAGCUGGAAAACGCCGUCGAAACGGCGCGCGGAACGCGUAGCAGGAGACCGGGAGAAUUGGCUGGUCGACAAAGUCGAGCCGUUUUUAUGUACUUAUAGAACCAAAGUUAGAAUCACGAGGGAAGUGGGGGGGGGGGGGCUUUAGGGAGUAACGAGGAGCGGUCCUUAGCACGGAUGAGAGGUCGAAGGCGAUUGUUUACUGCAGAGGCUGACUUGAGUUCUUAGUCUCAAGUAUGAGAAGAUUGGAGAAAGCGGAUAAAUCCGAUUCUUCAGAGUCCUUUUCGCUCUCUUCCCAAACUCUUAUUUGAUCUUUUUCUCCGUCAGCGUAGACCUCGCAGUGGCUUCUCUCAUCUCGGGCACCCUUGGCUUGGCAUUGUCUCGCGCGUUUGUGUUUGUUUGUGUCUCUAUCUUUCUUGUCUUUAUCUCGACGAUUUGCCAUGUUCUUCGCUGCCUCAUGGCUCCAAAGUACGCACCAUGGAAAAAACGCGAAAUCCGUGAGUCGGGACAACACAGCUGCUGAGAAGCCGUUCCACCUUCACAACUGUAAACGCGCCUGUUGUUGGGGUGCAGAAGACUCAGUUCGCCGCUAAACAGAAUCCAAAGGCUUGCGAUG